AUGAUUUACCAAGCUAUCGUUCUCCUUGUUGUGCUGGCCGUCGCACAGGCCUCCCCUGACGGUUAUGGACCAGUAUAUGCUUCGGGACCAAUACCAUAUGGCUUCAACUAUGCCGUGAAUGACGCUUACAAAGGAACUAACUUCGGCCAGACUGAGAAGUCCGACGGGAACAGCGUGUGGGGAUCCUACACCGUCGCCCUUCCCGAUGGUCGCAAACAAAUCGUUGACUACACAGCUGACCACGGUAGGGGAUUCGUGGCCAAGGUCAGCUACUCUGGCAAAGCUCAGCACCCAAAAGUUUCCGGUCCUGCCGUCGUCUUCGCUCAAAAUGGAGGCGGAUACCAUUGA